AUGGAGGUGCCCAGAUCUCUCGACAAUGAGAGCACUCCUUGGAUUGAUAUGCCGAUGUCUGACAGUGGCGACGACACGGAGGACGACAAUUUUGCGGAGAUUAGAGGGAAUGAGUACUCAGCAGAAAAAGAAGAGAAGGAGGUAGGGGAAGAGGUAGAGGAAGACGAAGAGAGAAGCAGGCCGAUGCGCCAGACCAACAGAAGUGCCGAGGACCGGCGCUUCUCCAAGGAGGGAGAGAGGCUGAAAGAAGCCCUUGAAAAGAGCGAGUGGCGGGCACCGACCAAGAGGCCGCUGCUUCCACUGCCUCGACCUGUUUCCGACUUCUACAAGUUCAGGACCGAUUACCCAGGCCGCACGUGGGCUGAUACAAAUGAGCUGCCCGAUGAGCUCGAACACUGCGUCGACGGCAAUGAUCCCGAGCGGGGACUCCUUCUAUGUGACAGAUGGCAUCCGGCAGGGCAGUACCUUCAUCCACAUUUCAGGAAGGCCUGCUCUGGUUGUGGCACUGGGUCGUACAUGCUCUUGAUCGACAUUCCCAUCAAGUUCAAGAAUCCAACGGCCAAGAGCUACCUGAUCUGGACUGGGUGGGCGGAAGACUCCUGGCGGACGCCCCGAAAGGCUAAACCAGGGACAGCGCGAUGGGAUGUAGCUAAAGGAUCCCUUGUCUAUCAGCAUAUCAAGUCCGCUGUCGGCGUGAAAGAGGCUGUUCGUCACGCAAGCCAAGUUGUUACCUACCGCGAACCAACGAACGCCGAGAAAAAGACUCUUGCUAAGCUAUCCAAUGAGCGCAAGAAAGGCGGCUACGAGUGGUUUACAUAUGGCGAGCAGGUUGACGACAGCACGACCCCGCACAUUUGGGACGAUGGCGGGUUUCCGCAGGUUGACGGAAACGACACCGAGGAGGACGAGUUCGCGGAGCAAGGGGACGUCGACGAAAACCUCGCCGGAACCUUCGUCGAUCCUCUCCAGGGCUGGUGCAGUGGAGGUACUCGAGAUCCUCCUCGAUAG